AUGGCUCAGACUCUGGAGGACAUCGGACGACGCUCCACAACAUAUCCUGGCGAUAGAGUAGAUGCACAGUCGCAGCAGACUCGGUCCGAGGGCGGGGCCGCGCCCACAACGGUUGAUGCUAACGGCAAGAAACACUGCACAGUUGGUGAGCGCGAGGCUGUUUCAAGCCUCAUCAUUUCGACAGUCGUCUCCCUCGACGGCUAUCUCGACUUGCGAAGAAGCAGGCGCAAAGCUGAGGCAGGUGUCUGA